CUCCACCUGUCGACGUUGAUAUCAUCCUCGAUCCAUACCUUCUGAACGUCUUCCCUCAGUCGUUGCUACCAACAGCCGCCUACAUCAUUCUGCUGGCUGUUGCUAGUUGGUUCUUAUCUGGUUUCGCAUGGGCCAAGUUGCAGCUCUUUGUCCAGGAGAAGCAGCACUCUGACUGAGAACCGCCUGCUACGGAAUGCCAGAUUCUAACCACAAUUCUUCCCACCAAUCAACGAUGCAAUCGAUAACUCAGCAACCUCCGCGUUUCUUCCGUGGGCUGCCUACUGAACUCAUCCUUGAGAUCAUGAGCUAUCUUGCUCCAGAUGCUCUCCUCUCCUUCGGAUUUGCAAACUAUCAUCUACUCGUCAGACACUCCAUGGCUCCUUUGCUGUCAUCGUGCACAAUGAUCCGCCUUGUCCAUCAGGCAGCAGUCCCAAGAACACGUACCACCGGCCAACUGUCUGUUCCCACCGAAGUCAAUCUGCAAAUACUCCGCCAUCUUGGACCCGUCGAUUCGCUGAACUACGCCAUGGCCAACUAUCUGAUAUUGGCCCAGCAAGGCAUCGCACCUUCGUUGUCGAGCGAGACGCUGCGCCGUCUGAAUCGUGCAGUUCAACGUGGGCCCGAGUCGGAAGCUAACACUUGAGUUCAAAAUCAAGAGCACGAAUACGCAUGCUUCAGCUUCGCAUUGGCGGUUACACUACUUGCGUAGUUGCACGCAUCCAAUUUGACUUCUCGGAUCGUACAAAGAUUGAUACUUCUAGUGCGCGCUGUAGUUUUCUACACGCCCUCCACCAGGCAUUGCUGGUGGACUUUCACGGACACCUCCGUAUUCUUUGACGAGAAGAUUCAACCAUCAGGAGAAUACCCCUACAAACCAAUCAAGUCAAUUCACAGAGUUGCGUCCCUUCGUAAAACUUUUG